AUGGCCAAAAGCAAUUCUGUGGGCCAGGACACCUCUAAGGACUCGGAGGGGGAAAUGAUCUUUGCCGCGGAGAGCAACUGUGCCCUGCCUCGAGAAGGUGAUGGAGAAGCCAGACUGGGCUCGUCAGGGUCCGCGCCGCCUGCAAGGAAGCGGUCCCGGUCCUUUGAGGACGAGAGGAAUCCAGCAACAGGGACCAGUCAGUGGGACGGGGCUUCUAAGAAAACGCCACGGCAUCGUUCGCUCCUGUCAUGCCCAAGACCCCGGGAAGCCAGGCAGGAAGCAGAGGACUUUGUGUCCCGGCCCUCUGCGGAGUCCGGAGAACCCAGCCAGGAAGUGGAAGAUGUCGGUCCUGACCCCAUUCCUGACUCUUACUAUGGGCUCCUGGGGACCUUGCCUUGCCAGGAACCCCAGAGCCACAUGGGCAGCCUGCCCAGUGAGGUCCUGAGGCACAUCUUUGCUUUCCUCCCUGUGGAAGAUCUCUACUGGAACGUGAGCUUAGUGUGCCACUUCUGGAGGGAGAUCAUCAGCGAUCCGCUGUUCAUUCCUUGGAAGAAGCUGUAUUACCGAUACCUGAUGAAUGAAGAACAAGCCGUGAGCAAAGUGGAUGGCAUCCUGUUGAACUCCGGUAUAGAGAAGGAGUCGGACUUGUGUGUGCUCAACCUCAUCCGCUAUACAGCCACCACUAAGUGCUCCCCAAGCGUGGAUCCUGGACGGGCGUUGUGGAGUCUGAGGGAUCACCUCCUCCUCCCUGAGGCAGAGGCCUGCGUGCGUCAGCACCUCCCCGAUCUCUACGCGGCUGCUGCGGGUGUCAACGUGUGGGCUCUGGUGGCGGCCAUCGUGCUCCUCUCUAGCAGUGUGAAUGACAUCCAGCAGCUGCUCUUCUGCCUCAGGCGGCCCAGCUCCACCGUGACCAUGCCAGACAUCACGGAGACCCUGUACUGUAUCGCCGUGCUUCUCUAUGCCAUGAGGGAGAAGGGGAUCAACAUCAGCAACCGGAUUCACUACAACAUUUUCUAUUGCCUGUAUCUUCAGGAGAAUUCCUGUACUCAGGCCGCAGAAGUUAAAGAGGAACCAUCGGUUUGGCCAGGCAAGAAAACAACCAUCCAGCUCACACAGGAACAACAGCUGAUUCUGAACCACAAGAUGGAACCCCUCCAGGUGGUAAAGAUUAUGGCAUUUGCAGGCACCGGGAAGACCUCUACCCUGGUCAAGUAUGCUGAGAAGUGGUCUGAGAGCAGGUUUCUGUAUGUGACAUUCAACAAGAGCAUCGCAAAGCAGGCCGAGCUAGUCUUCCCCAGCAAUGUCAUCUGCAAAACCUUUCAUUCCAUGGCCUAUGGACACGUCGGGCGGAAGUACCAAUUAAAGAAGAAAUUGAAUCUCUUCAAGUUGACCCCUUUCAUGGUCAAUUCUGUCCUUGCUGAAGGGAAAGGCGGAUUCAUAAGGGCCAAGCUCGUGUGUAAGACUUUAGAAAACUUCUUUGCCUCGGCUGACGAAGAGCUGACGAUUGAUCACGUGCCUAUCUGGUGUAAGAACAGCCAAGGACAGAGAGUCAUGGUUGAACAGAGUGAAAAGCUGAACGGUGUCCUUGAAGCAAGCCGACUCUGGGACAACAUGCGGAAGCUGGGGGAAUGCAAAGAAGAGGCGUACCAAAUGACUCACGAUGGCUAUUUGAAACUCUGGCAGCUGAGCAAGCCUCUGCUUGCCUCUUUUGACGCCAUCUUUGUGGAUGAGGCCCAGGACUGUACCCCAGCUAUCAUGAACAUAGUUCUGUCUCAGCCAUGUGGGAAAAUCUUUGUAGGGGACCCACAUCAACAGAUCUAUACCUUCCGCGGUGCGGUCAAUGCUCUGUUUACAGUCCCUCACACGCACGUCUUCUAUCUCACACAGAGUUUUAGAUUUGGUGUAGAAAUAGCUUAUGUGGGAGCUACUAUCUUGGAUGUCUGCAAGCGAGUAAGGAAAAAGACUUUGGUCGGAGGAAACCAUCAGAGUGGCAUUAGAGGUGACACAAAGGGGCAGGUGGCCCUGUUGUCCCGGACCAAUGCCAAUGUGUUUGAUGAGGCCGUGCGGGUGACCGAAGGAGAAGUGCCUGCCAGGAUACAUUUGAUUGGGGGGAUUAAAUCAUUUGGAUUGGACAGAAUCAUUGAUAUUUGGAUCCUUCUUCAGCCGGAGGAAGAACGGAAGAAACAGAACCUCGUCAUUAAAGACAAGUUUAUUAGAAGAUGGGUGCACAAGGAGGGCUUCAGUGGCUUCAAGAGGUAUGUGACCGUGGCUGAGGAUAAGGAGCUGGAGGCCAAGAUUGCAGUCGUUGAGAAGUAUAACAUCAGGAUUCCAGAACUGGUGGAGAGGAUAGAGAAGUGUCACAUAGAAGACCUGGACUUCGCAGGUAAGGAGGGCCCCCAUCUAAUCGUACGCUCUCUGUUUGUUCCAGAGUACAUUUUGGGCACUGUACACAAAGCCAAAGGCUUGGAGUUUGACACUGUGCACGUUUUGGACGAUUUUGUGAAAGUGCCUUGCGCCAGGCACAACCUUGCACAGCUGCCCCACUUCAGAGUUGAGUCGUUUUCUGAGGAUGAAUGGAAUUUACUGUACGUCGCAGUAACUCGUGCCAAGAAGCGUCUCAUCAUGACCAAGUCCUUGGAGAACAUCUUGACUUUAGCUGGGGAGUACUUCUUGCAAGCAGAACUGACGAGUAAUGUGUUGAAGACCGGGGUGGUUCGCUGCUGUGUGGGGCAGUGCAACAACGCCAUCCCUGUGGACACUGUGCUCACCAUGAAGAAGCUCCCCAUCACCUACAGCAACAGGAAGGAGAACAAGGGCGGCUACCUCUGCCACUCGUGUGCAGAGCAGCGCAUUGGGCCGCUGGCCUUCUUGACGGCCUCCCCCGAGCAGGUGCACUCCAUGGAACGCACCAUCGAGAACAUAGUGCUGCCCAGACACGAAGCCCUGCUCUUCCUCGUCUUCUGAAAGCCACGGGGAGCUUUCUCCACGGUACAGAAUGCCUUGUGUGGAUUCCAGUUACUUGAAGAAAGCCAGUGAGGGGUGGG